AAUGCUCAUUUUCACACAGCACCAGCUGUCUACAAUCACCUAAUUGCAAUCAGUGUAAGCAGAAUCUGAAAAGUUUUAGUAUCCUUCCUUGCACUUUUCCUUUUAUUCCUUGCUCUCAAACUUUGUGGAGAAAGUAAGGGUAGAGCAUGACUGAUUGUUAACCGGGCUGGUAGUUUUAAUCAACAGUCUGCUGCUGUUGCUGUAGGUGGACACUGUGAUUGAACUCACUGACAUGGCUCUUCCAUUUGGGGUUUCUUGGAUUUGCACUCUGUUGUUAUGGGGCUGCAUUUGUUUUCCUCCUCAAAAAGGUUACAAUAUUGCACAUGGCUACUCUCUCAAUGAAGAUGAAUUCAGUAGCCAUGUAGGUGUGCUUGGUCCACAAACUUCAAACCAGUUUCAUUCUGGAGCAUCUUUAAACACAAACCAUGACUCUUUCAGUCCAAGGGAUGAGAUGCAAGCUAUGAGACUCCAAAACUUUGUUUCCCUUGAGAGUGAACCAGUACACCGUGAAAACAAUGAGGAUGCUAGCUCUGUUACUAGCCUCAGUGAAGAGAUGGUGCAAAGCAAACCAGACUCAGGACAUGAGCCAGAUAAGUUUUUAGUGGCCCCCUCCGCUCCCCCUGAGCAUGAAAGUUAUGCUUAUCGACACCCCUUUGGCUUUUUAGUGAAAGAGCACACACAACAGAAAACUAUGGAGGGCAUCAGUUUCCCAACAAUCAACGAUUUCAAACAGUUUAUAGAGACAAUGAAACGCUCCUUCUUAAUGCCAGGAAGUGACUUGAGUAAACAUUUUCAAACAGCACAGGAAGUUAUGGAAAACGAGAUAGCUUUUAAUGCUCAAAAUAUUGAAGGAGAGCCUGACACAAGCUAUAGGUCUAAUUCUGCACAAGAAGGCACUGCCCAUGAUGACGCCGGUGAAAAUGAAGUCUGGAGUGAACCUAUAAAUACAGUGUUUGAACAAGGUGAACAGGGCGCCAACUACCAAAUGCCAAGGGAAAGUCUCUUUGCCCCUGAUCCUAUCAACUACACAGCAAGUCUCAUUUCUACCAGUGUUUAUGACAACCAAGACUCGGGCCUGGACUCUGCUCUCUACCCACACCAUCAUUUAGCAGCCCCAGAGCAUGUUUCAAGUAAUUAUGGAAGUUUUGACAACGGUGGCAUUUCUGGGGAAAACCAUGAUAUUUUCACAAAUGCUCCUGAUGUGGGAAACGAAGAUAUUCAGUCAACAAGCUACAAGCUCCCCGAACAAAUACCCUCUGGCUUAUUCUUUGGAGAGGGUUUUUCUUUUAGUGGCCAAUUGACUGCAUCCCCUGUCAACCCUCCAAACAGCCCAUCUCAAGAUUUCAGCUACUACUCAAGUGAGACAUCCAAUAUAACACCUCUAACCUCUGAGAAGAAUAUCCAACAACCAAACUAUACAACUCACGGUAAAGACUCUUUAACAGGGUAUCAAAAACCAUCUGGUGGCUUUGAACUUGGUGAAGAUUUCCAAAGUGAGGAGCUAGGCAGAGUGACUCCAGCCAAUGUCCUUUCUGCCCCAAAGCCCCCGUCUUUGAAUUCCUAUGGCAAAAGUUUAUAUGUCAGUGCAUCAAGAGGUCAACUCUACAUCCCUGACAAACCAAAACACAGGGGAAGACAAAGCGUAUCAUUUCAGGCAUAUCAACCCGCUGUUGGCAAGGAAUCAAAGGAUAUAAACUACACUCCCACCGUCCACCUGCGUGUAUCUAGUGGCUCCGUUUCUUCAGGCUCUGAAAACCUUUCACCACAGAGUAGUAGUGGUCAUGUGGGAGUUCAGACAAGCAGCCCACAUGAUGCUCAGAAUGAAGUCCGAUCCCACCCAGUGUUUACUGUGAAACCUUCCAGCUCUCUUCACGGCUCAAGCAGGCAUGAUGGCUAUCUCGGAGACCAGAGAGUCAGUGUUAAUCAGGCAAAAGAUGAGGAGAAAUCAGACCCUUCCAAGCAGAAUCUAGUCUCUGCCAUUCAGGAACCAAAACAAAUGACUGACAAUACCCUGAUUCCCAUUUCUAUUGGCUUAGAUUCAACUCAGAGUGGUAUCUCCUCUCAGGUUGGAGGUGGUUAUGGAGAUUUCAACUCUCUAACUAACUUAGCUCCAACGUCAGCAUUGGAGAGAGCCUUUUCAAGAUUAGUUGGCAAUGAAGACAUGUCCAGGAACUUUGGCAUCAAGAAUAAGAUCUCUGAUAGGUUUCCAACUGGUGCUAUACUUGGUGCCAGAAAUCCCCAGGGCUCAUUUUCUACCCCACAAAGACGAGGCAUUAGUGGCUAUGUGGGUGCAACCAGAGCUGGCCUUCUACAGACCUCCAUACAACCGUCCAAAGUACGGAAGCGUCCAGCCAAUGUGAAUAAAGAGCCUGGCAACAUGGCCUACUGGCCUCCUAAACCGCUGUCUGCAGCCAAAGUUUCUGGUUCUACUUUAAGUGGUGUCUUUCGGAGAAAUGGUGGCAACACAAAAAGGCUUCCUCCUCAAACGGGCUCCAAUAUGUCACCAUCUGUAAACACACAUGUUGUGAAGUCCAGAAACAGCUAUGUAAGGGGCAAAGUAUCUCUAUCAAAGACCCGUUACACACCAUAUCAGCUGGAUGAAGGCAAAACCGGUAAACACCAAUGGGAUCCAAGGCAACGUAAAUACAAGAACACUAUAUCCUACAAUGUCAAAGGAUUUGAAGAACAGUAAAGGUGGAAUUGCUGACAGCAAGUCCUUGUGCAAAUAUGGGAUCUGUUGCCAUCUUCAAAUGGGAGGAAAAUCAAGUUUCUGCAGUUCUACAUACAUCUGCUCUAAUUAGUAAAGGCAUGAACUUCAGUCUUGUUUAGCUAAAACUUCACUUAGUGCUUGUUAGGCUGCACUUUAGUCAAACAGGCUGACAAAAAAAGAAACUACUUGAAUGGUGACGUGUCUAAUGGCCCUUUGUUCCUUUUUCCACUCAAGAAAUUCCUAAUCAAACCCUCAUGUGUUGAUUGGGAAAGCAAUACUGCAAGCCUACCUGAAGCAAGAGCUUGUUAAAUGUUUCCUGUAACAGGAGUAGGCCUUCUCGAACAGACAAAAGGACAGCUAGAAAAGAAUACGGAACAGCAAUUAUUAUAAAAGCACUAAAACCAAUAUAAUUUGAGUCUGAACAAUGUGUCUGAGAAAGCUGGGCCUCAACCUGACUUUUGUAUACUUGGUAUGUAUACUACUAAACCAUACUGUACCAUGGUGUCAUGUGGGCCCACAUAGACAGUGUCCACAGUCCUACGUGUCAGAGAGGUUGUUGCAGUGUGCUGUUCUGCAUCAGCAACAAACUUGUGCCUCCAAAGAAGAAGGAAGUUGAAAUCAAAA